CCAGUCGUGUCGGACAAACUGGAACGAAACGACGAGCCUGUGGCAUCGUCGGUGUUCAUUUUACACGUCGGUCAGUUUACAAACCGCUCUCGACAACUUUCGAGCGGCAAUCGAGAUAUCGAACCGAAGAUAUGCCGCUAUCGCAAAUAUUCCACCGAUAACUGACCUCGUCGACCAACGGACAUCUUCACCGAUGUUGAACUUUCGACGAUCUGACGUCGAUUGAUUGGAUCAACGAAACUGUUUAGACUCGCAGUCAAACUCCGGCUGGCAAAAAUAACGGUUGUCAUACAGGAAGACAAAAUGUGGUCCGUUCUGCUAAUUUUGGCAAUAACCGGCGCUAUGGGAGAGGUGGUCAAUCGUCACGUGGACAACAGCACAGACGUAAAAUUUGGUUUCGAAGUCGAUUAUACGAACAAUCAAUUUUUACUCGAUGGAAAACCGUUCCGAUACGUUUCUGGUAGUUUUCACUACUUCCGGACGCCGAGGCAAUAUUGGAGAGAUCGUUUAAGGAAAAUGAGAGCUGCUGGUUUGAAUGCCGUGUCGACUUACGUUGAAUGGAGUCUUCAUCAACCGGAGGAGGACCAAUGGGAGUGGACAGGUGAUGCGGAUUUAAAGAAAUUUAUCGAGAUUGCUCAUGAAGAAGAUUUACUGGUUCUUUUGAGACCGGGUCCUUAUAUUUGUGCGGAAAGAGAUUUUGGAGGUCUUCCGUAUUGGUUAUUGCCACGUGUACCGGUCGACGGACUACGUACAAACAAUGAACAAUACAUGCAAUACGUGGAAGUGUAUCUGAACGAAGUACUAGAACGCGUUAAACCGUAUCUCAGAGGAAAUGGGGGUCCCAUAAUAAUGGUUCAGGUAGAAAACGAGUACGGAAGCUACGGUUGCAGCAUGGAAUACAAGACUCAUCUGCGGGAUAUAAUAAGUGCAAAAGUUGGAACAAAGGCUUUGUUGUACACAACCGAUGGUACGGAGGAUACUAUGCUUCGUUGUGGAUCUAUACCAAAUGUUUAUACCACCAUCGACUUCGGAGCUAAUAGCAAUGUGAGGAAAAAUUUUGAAAUGCUCCGCACUCAUCAGCCACGUGGACCGUUGGUGAAUUCCGAAUUUUACCCCGGUUGGCUGUCUCACUGGCAAGAACCAUUUCAAAGGGUAAAAACCGGAGUAGUCACCAAAAGCUUAGACGAAAUAUUGUCUAUGGGUGCAUCAGUCAACAUAUACAUGUUUUAUGGCGGUACAAAUUUCGCUUACACCUCUGGUGCUAAUGGCGAUAGAAACAUGUACAAUCCACAAUUAACUUCCUACGAUUAUGAUGCUCCAUUAACGGAAGCAGGUGAUCCGACGACAAAGUAUUUUGAAAUUAGAAACGUCAUCUCUAAGUAUUUGCCGCUGCCAAAUACAUCAAUUCCAUCAGUAUCCCCCAAAGGAGAUUACGGUUCCGUUCUCCUUUCUCCAGUAGUGAAAUUAUUAGAACCCUUGGGUGAAGGAUUGUUUUCAACCGUAGCAGUGGAAGCACCAGAGCCGUUGACAUUCGAAACAGUUGGACUACCUCAUUAUCUAAUGAUCUACGAAACCACUUUACCGUCUACUAUUUCGGAUCCUGCGAUCCUGAGUGCUAUAGUUCGAGACAGAGCGUUGGUCUACGUUGAUAAUUAUCUGUUUGGAAUCUUAAGUCGUACCAGUGAAAUACACAGCUUGAACAUAAACCCUUAUGGACGGAAACUGAAGCUACUGGUUGAAAAUCAAGGCCGUUUGAAUUUUGGACAUGGGCUUUACGAUUAUAAGGGAAUCUCGAACGUAACUUUUGGAGACGCUACGCUUGGACCCUGGAGAAUGGUUGGAUAUCAAUUAGACGACAUGAGUGGGGUUAGCGAUCUCGAAACGAUCACGAUAGAAAAUGGAUUUCUUCGUAACGGUCCAGUAGUUCUUCGUGGAAAUUUCUCUGUCUCCGGUGAACCGAUGGACACGUACUUGAACACAUUCGGUUGGGGCAAAGGGGUGGCUUUCGUGAACGGGCACAACUUAGGUCGAUACUGGCCGGUGUCUGGGCCUCAAGUGACCUUGUACGUUCCUGCACCGUUUUUGAAAACGGGUGAAAAUGAAUUGAUAGUGUUGGAACUUGAAUACGUACCGAACACGAGGAAAAUGAAGUUACAACCUCAACCGAUCCUCGAUUAUAAACCAAUACUCGAGCAAUGAGAACGUUUAAUUGUUCCUUUUGUUACAGAAAUCUAUUUUCUACGUGUACUUUUUAAGAAAAAUAAAGUAUGAGUUAUUCCAUUCCAAA